UUGCCCUCUCCGAGCUCCCUUCCCCAAGGCAGCAGGCACGAUUUGCAUGGAGCCUUAUUUCAUCAGGACUUCCUGAUGAGUUUCUAUUGGCUGCAGGUAGAAAGAGUGAGAGAGAGAGAAAGAGAGAGAGGGAGGGGUGCCAAAAAGAGAGAGAGAGAGAGUGAGUGUGCCGGGCGGAGGAAAACUCAUGCCAAUCUCCGUCCGCUUCGUUUCCCGUCACCCCCAGCACCCCGGCGCUGACACGCGUCUGGCUGGCUAGCUAGCGCGGAAGCACGUGUGAAGGCGGCAGGCAGGCGCGCGUGCCAAGGGGCGCCUUUCCCGACCUCGCUCUUUCAAUCCCUCGCGAAGAAAGACCCACCGUGGGGACGGACACGCAGGCCGGCACCAUGAAUGAGAUGUCGAGCUUCCUCCACAUCGGGGACAUCGUCUCCUUGUACGCGGAAGGCUCGGUCAAUGGCUUCAUCAGCACUUUGGGACUGGUGGAUGAUCGGUGUGUGGUGGAACCAGCAGCUGGAGAUUUGGAUAAUCCACCCAAAAAGUUUCGAGAUUGUCUUUUUAGAGUAUGUCCCAUGAACCGCUAUUCUGCACAGAAGCAAUAUUGGAAAGCUAAACAGACCAAACAGGACAAGGAUAAGAUAGCUGAUGUAGUGCUGUUGCAGAAACUUCAGCAUGCAGCUCAGAUGGAACAGAAGCAGAAUGAAACGGAAAAUAAGAAAGUGCAUGGGGAUGUAGUGAAAUAUGGAUGUGUUAUACAGCUCCUACACAUGAAGAGUAAUAAAUAUUUGACAGUGAACAAGCGCCUCCCUGCCCUAUUGGAGAAGAAUGCCAUGAGAGUGACACUCGAUGCUACAGGCAAUGAAGGCUCUUGGGUCUUCAUCCAGCCUUUCUGGAAAUUGAGGAGCAAUGGCGAUAAUGUAGUGGUUGGAGACAAAGUAAUCCUGAAUCCUGUGAAUGCUGGCCAGCCAUUGCAUGCCAGCAACUAUGAACUCAGCGAUAAUCCUGGAUGCAAAGAGGUGAACUCUGUCAAUUGCAACACCAGUUGGAAGAUCAACUUGUUUAUGCAGUUCCGGGACCACAUGGAAGAAGUGCUUAAAGGGGGAGAUGUGGUAAGGUUAUUCCAUGCAGAGCAGGAAAAAUUUCUCACAUGUGAUGAAUACAAGGGCAAGCUGCAUGUUUUUCUUCGAACCACCUUGCGACAAUCAGCCACAUCAGCCACAAGCUCCAAUGCCCUUUGGGAAGUUGAGGUGGUCCAUCGUGAUCCAUGCCGUGGUGGAGCUGGGCACUGGAAUGGCUUGUACCAUUUCAAACACCUUGCCACUGGGAACUAUCUAGCAGCAGAGGAAAACCCUAGUUACAAAGGAGACACAGGGGAACCCAAAUCCUCACCUGGAACCAGUCGCUCUAGCCGGCGAUACACAGGGGAAAAGAUCAAGUACCGAUUGGUGGCUGUGCCCCAUGGGAAUGACAUUGCUUCCCUUUUUGAACUUGAUCCUACCACACUGCAGAAGACUGACUCCUUUGUCCCCAGAAACUCCUACGUUCGACUGCGUCAUCUCUGCACCAACACUUGGAUUCAGAGUACCAAUGUACCCAUUGAUGUGGAUGAAGAGCGGCCUAUUCGCCUUAUGCUGGGGACAUGCCCCACCAAGGAGGACAAGGAAGCUUUUGCUAUUGUCUCUGUACCAGUAUCAGAAAUCCGAGACUUGGAUUUUGCCAAUGAUGCCAGCUACAUGCUCGCCAAUGUGGUGGAGAAAAUGAAUGAAGGAUUCCUAAGCCAGAAUGAUAGGAGGUUUGUGAUUCAACUACUGGAAGACUUAGUGUUUUUCGUCAGUGAUGUGCCCAAUAAUGGUCAAAAUGUUUUGGAUAUAGUUAUUACCAAGCCCAACCGGGAAAGGCAGAAACUCAUGAGAGAGCAGAACAUUCUGAAACAGAUCUUUGGGAUCCUGAAAGCACCAUUUAAGGACAAGGGUGGGGAAGGCCCACUGGUGCGUUUGGAAGAGCUAUCCGAUCAGAAGAAUGCUCCUUAUCAAUACAUGUUUCGGCUUUGCUAUAGGGUACUCCGGCAUUCCCAGGAGGACUAUCGCAAGAACCAGGAACAUAUUGCCAAACAGUUUGGCAUGAUGCAGUCCCAGAUUGGUUAUGACAUCUUGGCUGAAGACACUAUCACUGCCCUCUUGCACAAUAACCGCAAACUUCUUGAAAAGCAUAUCACCAAAACAGAGGUGGAGACUUUUGUGAGCUUGGUGCGAAAGAAUCGGGAACCCAGGUUUUUAGACUAUCUCUCAGACCUAUGUGUAUCAAAUCAUGUAGCCAUACCUGUCACUCAGGAGUUGAUCUGCAAGUGUGUACUUGACCCCAAGAACACUGACAUCUUGAUCCAAACUGAAUUGAGACCUGUGAAAGAGAUGUCACAAACUCAUGAAUACUUGAGCAUUGAAUUUUCUGAGGAGGAGGUUUGGCUCACCUGGAGUGAUAGAAACAAUGAUCACCAUGAAAAGAGCAUUCGGCAGCUAGCACAGGAAGCACGAGCCGGCAAUGCGCACGAUGAAAAUGUUUUGAGUUACUAUAGGUAUCAGCUGAAACUGUUUGCCCGUAUGUGCAUGGACAGGCAAUAUUUGGCUAUUAAAGAAAUCUCCAAGCAACUUGGGGUGGAGCUAAUCUUCCUUUGCAUGGCGGAUGAAAUGUUGCCUUUUGAUCUUCGAGCCUCCUUCUGCCAUCUCAUGCUUCAUGUCCAUGUGGACAGAGAUCCACAGGAGAAGGUGAUGCCUGUGAAAUUUGCUCGUCUCUGGACUGAGAUUCCUACAGCCAUCACCAUCAAAGACUAUGAUGCCAAUGUGAAUAGUUCAAGGGAUGACAAGAAGAACAAGUUUGCCAGUACCAUGGAGUUUGUAGAGGACUAUCUCAACAAUGUGGUCAGUGAAGCAGUACCUUUUGCUAAUGAGGAGAAGAACAAGCUCACUUUUGAGGUUGUCAGUCUUGCCCACAACCUCAUUUACUUUGGCUUCUACAGCUUCAGUGAGCUGCUACGCCUGACACGAACUCUGCUUGGGAUCAUAGACUGUGUGCAGAACCCUCAGCUGAUGAUGCAGACCAUGUACAAUGAUGAUAUGCCUGGAAAGAAUGUCCGGAGAUCAAUCCAUGGUGUUGGUCAAAUGAUGUCUACUAUGGUGCUGAGCAGGAAGCAGUCUAUCUUUGGUCCCUCAAAUAUAAAUGCUGUGGUAGUUCCUGAGCCAGCAGAGAGGGGAAGGAGCACUGAAAAUGAAAACAUCGUGGUGAUGGAAACAAAGCUAAAAAUUCUGGAGAUCUUGCAGUUCAUCUUGAAUGUACGUCUGGAUUACAGGAUCUCCUAUUUGCUCUCUGUCUUCAAGAAAGAGUUUGUAGAGGUCUACCCUAUGCAGGACAGUGGGGCCGAUGGAACAGCUCCAGCCUUUGACUCCACAACUGCAACAAUGAAUUUGGAUCGGAUUGGUGAGCAAGCUGAGGCCAUGUUUGGGGUUGGGAAAACAAGCAGCAUGUUAGAAGUGGAUGAUGAAGGUGGGCGGAUGUUCCUCCGUGUGCUGAUCCAUUUGACAAUGCAUGACUACCCUCCACUUGUCUCGGGUUCUCUUCAGCUGCUUUUCAAACAUUUCAGCCAGAGACAAGAGGUCCUACACACCUUUAAGCAGGUCCAGCUACUUAUCUCUGCUCAGGAUGUUGAGAACUACAAAGUGAUCAAGUCAGAAUUGGAUAAGCUGCGCAUGAUGGUGGAGAAGUCAGAACUUUGGGUAGAGAAGAAGGGCAGCUCCAAGGGGGAAAAUGGACAAGAGGGAGAGAAGAAGGAGAAGAAAGAGAGUACUGCAGAUGAGGAGCCUGGAACUCCUGGAGAAAAAAGCAGUGAGAAUUACCAGCUGGUAAAAGGAAUUCUGGAAAGGCUGAAUAAAAUGUGUGGGGUUGGUGAGCAGAUGAGAAAGAAGCAACAACGGUUGCUGAAGAAUAUGGAUGCUCACAAAGUGAUGCUAGAUCUGCUACAGAUCCCCUAUGAAAAGGGUGACAUCAAGAUGUUGGAGAUUCUGAGAUUAACUCACCAGUUCCUGCAGAAGUUCUGUGCUGGCAACCAAGAAAACCAAACCCUUCUACAUAAGCAUCUCAACUUGUUCCUCACCCCUGGGUUGCUAGAGGCAGAGACAAUGCAGCACAUCUUCUUGAACAACUAUCAACUCUGCUCAGAAAUCAGCGAAACAGUGCUACAGCAUUUCAUCCACUGCCUAGCAACACAUGGGCGCCAUGUGCAGUACCUUGACUUUCUGCACACCAUCAUCAAGGCUGAGGGCAAGUACAUCAAGAAAUGCCAGGACAUGAUCAUGACUGAGCUGACCAAUGCUGGGGAUGAUGUUGUGGUAUUCUAUAAUGAUAAGACCUCCCUAGUCAACAUGUUGGAGAUGAUGACAGCAGCCAGGGAUGGAAUAGAAGAGAACAGCCCCCUUAUGUACCACAUUUCUCUGGUAGAUCUUCUAGCAGCCUGCGCUGAAGGCAAAAAUGUCUACACAGAGAUCAAAUGCACGUCCCUGCUUCCAUUGGAGGAUGUUGUGCGGGUGGUCACUCAUGAAGAUUGCAUCACUGAGGUGAAGAUUGCCUAUGUGAACUUUGUCAACCAUUGCUACGUAGACACAGAGGUAGAAAUGAAGGAGAUCUACACUAGCAACCACAUCUGGACACUGUUUGAGAACUUCACUCUGGACAUGGCUAGGGUGUGCAAGAAACGCGAGAAGCGCUUAUCAGAUCCAGCCUUGGAGAAGUAUGUACUCACUGUGGUGCUGGACACAAUCAAUGCCUUCUUCAGCUCACCUUUUUCAGAGAAUAGUACUUCCCUACAGACCCAUCAGACAAUUGUGGUGCAGCUCCUCCAGUCUACCAUGAGGCUCCUGGAGUGUCCUUGGCUGCAGCAGCAACAUAAGAGUUCAGUGGAAGCUUGUAUCCGCACGCUGGCUAUGGUUGCCAAGAGUCGUUCCAUCGCAUUGCCGAUGGACCUUGAUGCUCAUGUGAGCUCCCUGCUAAACACCUCCUCCAUCAACAGUGCACAAAGGAAUGCCUCGAACUACAAGACAGCUGCACGCACCUUUCCUCGAGUCUCAGCUGCCACCAACCAGUGGGACUACAAGAACAUCAUUGAGAAGCUACAAGACAUUAUCAAUGCCUUGGAGGAGCGCUUGCAGCCCCUUGUGGAAGCUGAACUUUCAGUGCUGGUGGAUGUUUUGCACCGUCCAGAACUGCUUUUCAUGGAAGGGACAGAGGCCUAUCAGCGCUGUGAAAGUGGUGGUUUUCUUUCUAAAUUAGUCCAACAUACUAAAGACCUGAUGGAAGCUGAAGAGAAGCUUUGCAUUAAAGUACUGAGGACACUGCAGCAAAUGCUGGUAAAAAGGAACAAAUAUGGAGACAGGGGCAAUAUGUUGAGGAAAAUGCUUUUGACGAAUUACUUACAAACCAAACGGUCUGGUUCCAAAGGGGAGAUUGUUGAUCCUUCUGGAACUGGCCAAGACCAAGACUGGUCUAUCAUUGCUGCCAUUCAGUGUCGUCUAGACAGAGAAGGGGCCACAAAGUUGGUUUCAGACCUCAUCAUGAAUACCAAAAAUGAGAAGAUUUUUCAAGAAAGCAUCCGCUUGGCCAUCCGACUGCUUGAUGGGGGAAACACAGAGAUACAGAAAUCAUUCUAUAAUUUGAUGACUGGUGACAAGAAAUCUGAAAAGUUCUUUAAAGUAUUGCAUGACCGGAUGAAGAAGGCUCAGCAGGAGGUCAAGUCCACAGUGACAGUGAACAUGAGUGAUAUUGGCAACAAGCCUCGCGAGGACAAAGACUCUCCUGAGCAUGGCAGUAAAGGGCGAGUAGCACCAUUCAUGCUGCCCAAUGCUCCUUCCCGUUAUCCAGUGGGUGUUGGGUUCAAGGCUGGCCAUGAUGCAAGAGACCAGAGCAGUGAGAUGGGUGCAUCGGUCUUGAUCAUGGAACCAAUUCUUCGCUUCCUGCAGCUACUAUGUGAAAAUCAUAACCGGGAUCUCCAGAACUUUCUUCGGUGUCAGAAUAAUAAGACCAAUUAUAAUUUGGUGUGUGAAACACUGCAGUUUCUCGAUAUCAUGUGUGGUAGCACCACCGGACGGCUAGGCUUGUUGGGCCUCUAUAUCAAUGAAUACAAUGUGGCCCUGAUCACCCAGACACUAGAGACUCUAACAGAAUAUUGCCAGGGACCAUGUCAUGAGAACCAGAGCUGCAUUGUGACCCAUGAGUCGAAUGGCAUUGACAUAAUCACAGCACUAAUCCUCAAUGACAUCAGCCCCCUCUGCAAGUACAGAAUGGACUUGGUUCUUCAGUUGAAGGACAAUGCCUCCAAGCUUUUGUUGGCUUUGAUGGAGAGUAGACAUGACAGUGAGAAUGCUGAGCGGAUUCUUAUCAGCCUCCGACCUCAGGAAUUGGUCGAUGUGAUUAAAAAAGCUUACCUUCAAGAAGAAGAAUGUGAAAAUGCUGAGGUUUCCCCUCGAGAAGUGGGACACAACAUCUACAUUUUAGCUUUACAGCUUUCUCGGCAUAAUAAGCAUCUUCAGCAUCUCUUGAAACCUGUGAAACGGAUUCAAGAGGAAGAUGAAGAGGGAAUCUCUUCUAUGCUCAUUUUACACAAUAAACAGCUGUCACAGAUGUUGAAAUCAUCCACUCCAGUCCAAGAGGAAGAGGAAGAUCCAUUAGCAUAUUAUGAGAAGCACACAUCCCAGAUAGAGAUUGUGCGUCUAGACCGAAGCAUGGAACAGAUAAUUUUCCCAGUGCCCAGCAUCUGCGAGUUCCUGACCAAAGAGACACAAAUACGUCUGUUUACCACUACAGAGCAAGAUGAGCAGGGCAGCAAAGUCAGUGACUUCUUUGAGCAGUCAUCCUUCCUCCAUAAUGAGAUGGAGUGGCAGAAGAAACUGCGUAGCAACCCACUGAUGUACUGGUUCUCUCGUAGAAUGACACUCUGGGGAAGCAUUUCCUUCAACCUGGCUGUCUUCAUAAACAUCAUCAUCGCUUUAUUUUAUCCUUAUGUUGAGGCAACCUCAAUGGGAUUAUUGGAUUCCCCACUGAUUCCUCUGCUCUCCUGGUUUUUAAUCUGUUUCUCCAUCAUGGCUCUAUUUACCCGGCGCUAUGGUGUCAGGCCACUCCUAGUGGCAUUGAUUCUGCGAUCUAUAUAUCACCUAGGUAUUGGACUCACGCUAAACAUACUAGGAGCUCUUAAUCUCACAAAUAAGAUUGUAUUUGUAGUAAGCUUUGUUGGCAACCGUGGUACAUUCAUCCGAGGAUAUAAGGCCAUGAUUAUGGAUGUGGAAUUUCUUUAUCACGUCGCCUAUAUCCUGACCAGUGUCUUGGGGCUUUUCGUCCAUGAACUUUUCUACAGCAUCUUGCUGUUUGAUCUGAUCUACAGGGAAGAGACCUUGUUUAAUGUCAUCAAAAGUGUGACACGCAAUGGACGUUCAAUAUUGUUGACAGCUCUUCUGGCCCUCAUUCUUGUAUACCUCUUCUCCAUUGUGGGCUUCCUCUUUCUAAAAGAUGACUUCAUUAUGGAAGUAGACCCACUGCCCAGUAUCAAAUCUAAAGCUACUGGCUUGAAAGCAAACAUGAGCACUUCCAUAGAAUCAUGCAGUGCUGACAAAAUAAACUGCACCUCUCAAGUGCCUGAAGUAAAGGAAGAAGACGAUGAGGAUAAUACAGAGCGUGCCUGUGACACACUGCUCAUGUGCAUAGUCACAGUCCUAAACCAUGGCCUCAGAAAUGGAGGCGGUGUGGGUGAUAUCCUCCGAAAACCAUCAAAAGAUGAGUCCCUCUUUCCUGCUCGAGUGAUCUAUGAUCUCCUGUUCUUCUUCAUUGUCAUAAUCAUAGUUCUCAAUCUCAUCUUUGGUGUCAUCAUUGAUACCUUUGCUGAUCUCAGGAGUGAGAAACAGAAAAAAGAAGAGAUCCUAAAGACCACCUGUUUUAUAUGUGGACUUGAAAGGGACAAGUUUGACAACAAGACAGUCUCCUUUGAAGAGCACAUUAAAUUUGAGCACAAUAUGUGGAAUUACCUGUAUUUCAUAGUUCUGGUGCGAGUGAAAAAUAAGACUGACUACACAGGGCCCGAGAGCUAUGUGGCACAAAUGAUAAAGAACAAGAACUUGGACUGGUUUCCACGAAUGCGAGCCAUGUCUUUAGUCAGCAAUGAAGGUGAAGGGGAGCAGAAUGAGAUCCGAAGCCUGCAGGAUAAAUUGAAUUCCACCAUGAAGUUGGUAUCCCAUCUCACAUCACAGUUGAAUGAGCUAAAGGAGCAGAUGACAGAGCAAAGAAAGCGAAGGCAGAGGAUGGGUUUUGUGGAUGUCCAGAACACAAUGAACCACUGAGAUAACUUCCACAAGCCAAAACUGUAAUAUACAUAUCCACUUCCUGAGGAGGAUACUUGGUACUGAAUUCCCUGAACCAACCUCAUCUUCAAGGAAAGCUGAUCGAUGACAUGAUUCAUACUGUGGAAUCUCAGCACCACCUUUUGUUCAUCUGUCAUUAAGGUUGAUUACAAACAGUUUAUUGAGCAAAAGACCUGAAAUCAAUUAGUGGGAUUGCUUCAUGUGGAUUCAGAGUUUAUCACACAUUUGGGAGCUUUGUUGCUCUUUAUAACUCAUGUUCUACAAACGGAGUUGUUGUCUUUCUCCAUGCACUACAUUUUGAUGGCAUCUAGCCAGGUGCAAAUAGUGUUGACACUAUUACUAGCAAGUAGUACUUUGCUAUAUUUUAACUUAUUCCAGAAGAGUUCAUGGAACGUCAGCAUACAAGGAUCUAACUCUACAAAUUUAUCAUCUCAAGUCUUCUGGAGCCAGUGGAUUUUUCUUAUUUUUAUGUCUUGAAUCCUGUCUCAUUCAAGAAGAAACUGGAAGAAAUUCUUUUGUUAGUAAUAUUUCAGAUGAAGAUGACUGGCUGAUAUAUUGCUGAGAAUGAAAGGAACCUUUUUAAUUCCAAAGAAAAACAUUGUAGGGGUUUACAGGGAUCACUCCGUUGAUAGCAAUUUUAACAAAAUGUUACUGAAUUUCCAUUUGUCAAUUAGAUUGUAGCUUUGGCUCUCAAACUCAUUCAUUACCCAAUUCUGGAACUAUCAUUUAAAAGUUUGGUGACUAAUUUGGCCAGUGAAAACAAAAUGCCAUAGUACUAUGAACAGGCAUCCUAUGUCACCCCCUUGAUAGAAUGGCAGAUUGUACACUUAAGGCUCUUCCUGCUUUUAGGGUUGUAUAGCAGAAGUAUAUCAGCUUACUGAGACCAGGUAUUAGUAUGCUUCAUUAUCACUAGUAAUCAUUGAAAUGAAUGCUGAAGUAGCACUAGACAGCAUGUGUAAAUGACGUUGAGAUUCAGUGAAGAGACAGAAAAGGCACUAUUCCAAUCUUAGAGUUAUAUAAAUGUUCCAGUUUAGCAAAUGAAGCGCUCAAUUUCCAGGAUAUCGAGUACAACCUCAUCUUAAAUCCUUUAGACAGCUACAUAACAUACAAAAACUCAUUUUGGGUUUUGCUUCAAGGUAGACCAGCACUAUCUAUAGAUAAAGCAAAGGUCAAUCUGAGCGAGGCAUGAUGACUGCAUGACAAAAACCUGGUCCAGAGUGUACCCUAUGGGAAGGCUAAAGAGGAGCCAUUUUGUAUCCCGGACAACCUUCUGUUUUUCUUCUAACCAAAGCAGAAUGUAUAUUAAGUGUACAGACUGAUGUGCAAAUUUCAGAGAAUAGAAAAUCCCUAAUCAAGUAGACCAGCUUUGCCAUUUUUCAUAUUUUCUUGUAUGUUUUAUGAACAUUGUUUUAAUUUUUAGUAUGAAAACUACCUGAAGUUUUAACACCCAAAAUCAAAAAUAAUAAAUGGAAAAGAGGUGAAGAUUUUCUUCUUGGUAUAAAGAAAUAUGAACUACUAUGCUUUUAGUAAACAUUUUCUAGAGAUCUAUUGAAGUAGAUAAAGAAUUUUAGUUUUUGGAGGGGUCUUGGAGAUCAUUCAUUGUACUAUGCUCAGUGGAGAAUAUAAAAUGCAACUGAAGUAACCUGA